CCUUGGAAGCGGAUUAAAGGCAGUGAGGCUGACAGGCAACGGGCUGGGACCGUAACAGGCCUGGCAGUGAACAUAGCUGCCUUGUUGUCCGUCAUACUGCAGCCUUACAUGCCCACAGUCAGUGCCACCAUCCAGGCCCAGCUGCAGCUGCCACUGCCGGCUUGCAGCAUCCUGCUCACAAACUUUCUGUGCACCUUACCGACCGGACACCAGAUUGGCACAGUCAGUCCCUUAUUCCAAAAAUUGGAAAAUGACCAAAUUGAAAGUUUGAGGCAGCGCUUUGGCGGAGGCCAGGCCCUAGUGCCCCCCAUGCCAGCUGUUGUAGAGGCCGCCGUCACAGCUGCUCCGCGGCAGGUACAAGUGCUCACGGAUGAAGUGACAAGACAGGGCAACAUCGUCCGAGAACUGAAAGCGCAGAAGGCAGACAAGAACCAGGUUGCUGCUGAGGUGGCUAAGCUCUUGGAUCUGAAGAAACAGUUGGCUCUAGCUGAGGGAAAACCCCUUGAAACCCCUAAAGGCAAGAAGAAAAAUGAAAGAGCCUGGCUCAUAGAAAGUUACUUUAAUGGAUAUGGACAGUAA